AUGGGAGCCGUUUUGUACUACAGCGUGCUGGGUACAUUCAUUUGCACCGGGAUUCUCCUCGGCACCACUUUUCUGAUUGUGCUCGAUAUUGUAGAUGAAAUCGGCGAGUUUCGUGACUUGGUCCAAGAGGAUCUCAAUCAGUUCAAGAGCUAUGCUGAUGACGCGUGGGUGGUAAUGAUGACUACGAAUCAAGCAGCGUCCGCCAAGCGCAACAGUGUCUUCUACGAGUCCAUUGUUCGUAUCAAAAGACAGGGAUCAUACACAGAAGGAGGUGGCAACGUCGCCAGUGGAGGAAAUGGGUGUCAAUGCGCAGCACAAGCAGCUUCAUGCCCUCGAGGCCCGCCUGGACCUCCUGGACAAGCAGGAAUACCAGGAGAGGAUGGCCAUAACGGAGAGCCUGGACGUACAGGCGGCGUUGGACAAGCUUACAUUGGGCUUCACCAACAGGGAUGCAUCCAGUGUCCAGCCGGUCCUCCCGGCCCACCUGGACCAAAUGGUGGACCUGGCCCAGCUGGAGCUCCAGGAAAUCCUGGACAAGAUGGAAGUGGUGGCGGAUCAGAAAUAAUGUCGCGUGGAAUUUUAGGAGCUCCUGGACCUGCUGGACCCCCAGGAGCACCAGGACAGAAUGGUAACCCCGGUGCACCAGGACAAGAUGGAAUACCUGGAGUACCAGGAACACGAACGAGUAACUAUCCUGGCCCAGCUGGUGCGCCAGGACCAGCAGGAGCACCCGGUGCACCUGGACAAAACGGUAGCAGCUAUGGAGCCGGGGCUCCUGGACCUGCAGGACCACCUGGGGCUCCCGGUAACCCUGGAGCAUCAGGAAGCCCGGGAACUCCCGGACAACCUGGUCUUAGUGGUGCUCCUGGAGCGGACGCCGCUUAUUGCCCUUGUCCACCAAGAAGUGGAUAG